AGGCGGGCGAGAGGCCGGGCCGGGAGGCCGCGGCCGAGCCGGGGGCUCGCGUAGAUGUGCAGCCCGGGGGAGGCCCCCCCCGGGCCGGCCUCGGCCGGGGACUUGCCCCCGGAGUGGGAGACGGAUGACGAGCGCAUGGCCUUCCUGUUCUCGGCCUUCAAGCAGAGCCGCGAGGUGAACAGCACCGAGUGGGACAGCAAGAUGGCCUUCUGGGUCGGGCUGGUGCUGGCCCGCGGCCGGCGGAGGGGCGCGGUGAGGACGUGCCUGAGGGAGCUGCAGAACGGCUUCGAGCGGCGGGGCAGCGUCCCCUUGGGGCUGGGCACGGUCCUCAGGGAGCUGCUGAGACGUGGGAAGCUGCAGAGGGAGUCAGACUUCAUGGCCAGUGUUGACAGCAGCUGGAUCUCGUGGGGUGUGGGCGUUUUCAUCCUGAAGCCCCUCAAGUGGACCCUCUCCAGCGUGCUGGGGGACAGCAAAAUCCCCGAGGAAGAGGAGGUUCUGAUUUACGUGGAGCUGCUUCAGGAGAAGGCAGAGGAGGUUUAUCGCUUCUACCAGAACUCUGCCCUCUCUUCCCACCCCGUGGUCGCCCUGUCCGAGCUCCGCUCGCUUUGCGCCGGGCUCUGCCCGGACGAGAGGACCUUCUACUUGUUGCUGCUGCAGCUGCAGAAGGAGAAGAGGGUCACCAUCCUGGAGCAGAACGGAGAGAAGAUCGUGAAGUUUGCCCGGGGCCUCCACGCCAAGGUGUCCCCGAUGAACGACGUGGACAUCGGCGUUUAUCAGCUGAUGCAGAGCGAGCAGCUGCUGUCACAGAAGGUGGAGUCCCUUUCCCAGGAAGCAGAGAAGUGUAAAGAGGAUGCCAGGAGUGCUUGCAGAGCUGGGAAGAAGCAGCUGGCCCUGAGGUGCCUCAAGUCCAAGCGGAGGACGGAGCGGCGCAUCGAGGAGCUGCACUCCAAGCUGGACGCGGUGCAGGGGAUCCUGGAUCGGAUCUACGCCUCCCAGACCGACCAGAUGGUGUUUAAUGCCUACCAGGCUGGAGUGGGAGCUCUGAAGCUUUCCAUGAAGGAUGUGACUGUGGAGAGAGCGGAGAACCUGGUGGAUCAGAUCCAGGAGCUUUGUGACACUCAGGACGAAGUGGCGCAGACGCUGGCGGGAGCGGGGCUCAACGGCCUGGCAGAGGUGGACUCUGAGGAGCUGGAGAAGGAGCUGGACAGCCUCCUGCAGGACUCCAGCAAGGAUUCCUUGGAUCUGCCUCCCGUUCCCCAGAAGGUGCCGAGCGCUCCCAUCUCGGAUGCCGAGCUGGAAGCCGAGCUGGAGCGGCUCUCCGUGUGUGCUGCAGACCCGGCACAAAAGGCUCCCUCUGCCUCUUCUGAACCCAAAACAGCUCCGGGACUGAAUCUCUGAGGAGCCAACAGAAUCCUGCUGCCGCAGCUCGGGAAUUUGUCUCGGUGUCCCUUAACUCACGACCAGAACUUCCAAGGAGAGGGGCUCAGCUCCCUGUCCUCCUGGAUCCGUCCUGGCUCAGCAGCAGGAGCUCCUGCCGUGACAAUCCGCUCUGGACCCGGCCCCAGCUGCUCUGGUGUCAUCUCUGUGCCAACAUCCGCGCCGGUCUCGGUCUGACUCUGCCACGUCCGACCUUCCCUCCUGGGAACGCGGCUCCAGCGAGGACAAAACUCUCCUGUCUGUGUCCAUAGCGGUGCUGGGGUUUGGGUUUGGGGUUAGGGUUUGGUUUCUGUCCCUUUGCUGUGGCUGAUGUUGAGGAUCUCAGCACAGCAGCGUUCAGCUCUUUGUGUGGUUGUUCACAACACUUGGCACAUCAGUCCCGGCCCGGUGCUUGUUGUGUCCCUCCCUCUGCAUCCUGCACGCGCAGCCAGGCGCCGGAACUGCUCAGUUUUAGGAGAUUUUUGGUGCUGCUCCGAGAGGGCAGCCGUGGCAAGCACAAUCCCAAAUCCCUCUGUCUGUAAUGACCUGGAGGCCUUAAAAGGGAGACCUGCAAAAGUUGGGCCCGUGCUGCUGUCUCCAGCCUCUUCCUGCUGGAUUUCCUCUGGAAAUUGGAGCUGUGGCUGGUUUUGUGUCCUCCCCGGGAGCUGUGGGGUGAUGGCCCUGCGCUGCCACGGAGGGAUUUGGGCUGGGGAGAGAAGGGAUCCCUUGGGAGAGCACAGCUCCACGGAGCAGCCUCGGCUCUCCCGGCGCUGCGAUCCCACAGGAUCCCAAAAAUCCCCAACCCCGAUCCCUGGGGAUGUUUUCGGUGCACAAAACCCCUGAGUGCCAACCCCUGCAGCUGCUGCAGGGCUGCGUCUCCCCACACCGACCGAACACGAAUCUUUCGCAGGUCACUUUUUACCCCUCACCGCCGCGGGAAGCCCCAAAUCCCUGAAAAAAAAAAACCCACGGAGCUUCCGGGAGGGGAAUGUGCCCUUCCCUGGGAUUGCUGGGCGUGGCAGGGGAGUGCCUGGCUGCCUGUGGAUGGAUCUCCAGCCCUGUGCCCCUCUCCCGACUGGGAAUGUGUCCCCAACGCACUGGGAAUGUGUCCCCAACGCACUGGGAAUGUGUCCCCAACGCACUGGGAUUGUGUCCCCACAGCACUGGGAUUGUGUCCCACAGCACUGGGAAUUUAUCCCCACAGCACUGGGAAUGUGUUCCACACCAUUGGGAAUUUAUCCCCACAGCACUGGGAAUGUGUUCCAGCCCUAUUGGGAAUUUAUCCCCAACACACUGGGAAUGUGUUCCAGCCCUAUUGGGAAUUUGUUCCAGCCCCACUGGGAAUGUGUUCCAGCCCUUCCACGCUGCCUCUCCAGACUCCAUUCCUCAGUGGCAGUUUGGGAUGAUGGGGGCUGGAGUUUCUCCUGCUGGUGAUCUCCUCUUGGCAGUGGGAUGUCCCCAGGGUGGCAGUGGGAUGUCCCCUGCACUGGGGGUGGCAGUGGGAUGUUCCCAGGGUGGCAGUGGGAUGUCCCCAGCACUGGGGGUGGCACUGCCCUGUCCCUGGGGCUGUGUCCCCUCUGUCCCCCCUCACCGGUGCAGCUCCCGGUUCCCCGUGGAAUGAUGUGAAAUGACGCUCUGUGUUCCUUUCCUCUGGAAGUAAACGGGAGAAAGAC